AUGACAAUCCAUCUUUGUUCGAUACUCUAUUACUUUCCCGAAUCAGGUGAAGAGAAUGAUGGGGAUGAAGUCGAAGAUAGGGAAGACGAUAGUGACGAAGCUGAUGAUCCUGAUAACGUUUAUCCUGAGGAGGAUACGAGUGAAACCGAACGUUUCGGACAGCUUUCUGGCAGAUUCGGAAGGGAACUUACUAAAGUGAGUCUAUAA